UCACCGCUUGUCGCCUCGCCAAACCGUUUCCCUUUAAUGUAUUACUGCCCUUACCCUACGCAAUAAGGAAAAAACGGGGCAAAAACAAAAGAUGAGCGAAAAUCACGUGUUUUAGUAACAUUUUUCCUUUCAACCAAGACAAUGACCGAAACAAAUGAAUCCCGAUUUCAAUUACCAAUUAAUUGCAUUGUAAUUGAACUUGAAAUAGUUGAAUUGAAGGAAAAUGUUGUAUAAGUUGUGUAAUAGUGUGGAUUACUCAUUCAAAAGGAAAAAGGUAAGGCCUAGAAGUGAAUUAAAAUUGUUUGGACAUAUCAUUCUUGUUGUGUCCGACGACUGUUAAAGACGUUUACGAUGUCCAAGCUAUUUGUGAUAGUUUUUGUGGCCACUUACUGGGUUUAUUUUAUACAUAGCGAAGUGGUAAAACGCGAAGUGUGCAAGGAGAAUGAAGUCAACGUGGAGUGCGCACAUUGCGGGCCGAAGACUUGUGACGAUCUUGGUCACCCGAUACCCUGUGGGGGCGCCACUUCGCUAUGCCGGCCGCAAUGUGUGUGUUUAGACGGUAUGGUGCGAGAUGUGAACGGCACUUGUAUACCGAAGGGGGAAUGCCCUAGCUGCAACGGUGACUUCAACGCCACGUCGGGUUGUGGCAACCACUGCGGGAACUCCUGCUCAGAUUACAAGGAGGUGAACAAAACCUGCUAUAGUGGGUGCCGGUACAACAGCUGCUCUUGCAGAGAAGGUUAUGUCUAUCAUGAUGAACUGAGGGUCUGUGUUCUGCCUGGUGAUUGUUGAAAAUUUUUGUUGCGAACUCCGAAAGUGGAAUUCAAGUAACUUGGGAAUUUGAAGAGAAAAAUUUCGAAAAAGCAAGUUUUCCCUCGCAGAUAAUUUUGAGGGAUAUUGUAAUGAAGACUGACCACCUAACUAGUAAUCUGUGACCUAACUAAGCAUUGUAGAAU